UUUCCCUCCUCUGCCCCGCAAAAACUUUCCCUCCUUUUCCUAGGGUUUCUCUCCAAUUUCUCUCCCCUCCUCCUCCUCCUCCUCCGCUUCCCCCGCCCGCCGGCCGAUCGAGCAGCGCGCCUCAUCAUGAGCAAGGAUUCCGACGCUGCCGGAGGCUUCGACCUGUCCGAGCUCCGCUCCGAUCUCCCCGCCGCCGCCGCCGCUCUAAGCGCAGAAGAUCGCAAGGGUCUCGUCAAUGCACUCAAGAACAAGUUGCAGAGCUUGGCUGGGCAGCAUUCAGAUGUGCUAGAGAGUCUUCCCCCUAAUGUUAGGAAGCGCGUGGAGGCUCUAAAAGAAAUUCAGAGCCAUCAUGAUGAGAUGGAGGCUAAAUUUUUUGAGGAGAGGGCAGCAUUGGAAGCUAAAUACCAGAAGUUGUACGAACCCCUAUAUACAAAGAGAUAUGAAAUUGUCAACGGAAUUGUUGAAGUUGAUGGAGUAGUAAAGGAAGCUUCUGCAGUGGAAGAAGAGGACAAAUCCGCUGAAGAGAAAGGUGUGCCAAACUUCUGGCUCACUGCAAUGAAGACCAAUGAAAUUCUGGCAGAAGAGAUCUCUGAUCGGGAUGAGGGGGCUCUGAAGUAUUUAAAAGAUAUUAAGUGUUCUAAGAUCGAUAAACCUAAGGGCUUUAAGCUUGAGUUCUUCUUUGAUGCUAACCCAUACUUCAAGAACUCGGUGCUUACGAAAACAUAUCACAUGAUCGAUGAUGAUGAUGAACCUAUUCUUGAGAAAGCUAUUGGGACGGAGAUUGAGUGGUAUCCAGGGAAAUGCUUGACCGAGAAGCUGCUGAAGAAGAAGCCGCGAAAGGGUUCAAAAAACGCCAAACCCAUUACCAAAAUUGAAAAAUGUGAAAGCUUCUUUAAUUUUUUCAAUCCUCCAGAGAUUCCAGAUGAUGAUGAAGAUGAUGAAUUAGAUGAAGAUGCGGCAGAGGAAUUGCAGAAUUUAAUGGAACAGGAUUAUGACAUGGGCUCCACCAUCCGCGAUAAGAUAAUUCCUCAUGCUGUGUCGUGGUUUACGGGCGAGGCUGCUCAAGAUGAUGAUAUCGGUGACAUAGUCGGCGAAGAAGACGAAGAGGGUGAGGAAGACGAAGAUGAUGAAGGGGAAGAUGACGAGGAGGAUGAGGAAGAUGAUGAGGACGAUGAGGAAGAUGAUGAAGAAGAGGAGCAAAGCAAGAGCAAGAAGAAGUCAUCAGCUGGAUCCAAGAAGAGUGGCCGAGCACAGGUGGUGGGGACAGAGCAAGGCGAGCGCCCUCCUGAGUGCAAGCAGCAGUAGCAUUUGUUCUUUUGUCCUGCCGUGGUCGAUUCUUCCAAACUGAGCAUGGAGCUCUAGGGCCCGUGCGAUACUGUCUAUCUGCCUUGUGUAUGGUUUUUCUUUGACAAUACACUCUCGCCCUCUGUUGUUAAUUACAUAUUUGUUCUGCAAAUGCACCGAUCACUUUUCCUUAUACUUUUUUCCAUCGAGUAAGGGCGAUUAUGUUCGUGGUCUGAUGUAAAUGAUCGAUUGAUUAGAAAUCAUUGCUUCUGAAA